AUGACAGUUAAAGAGAUGCAACAAAUGGACAUUGAUGAUAUGCAAGACACAGAUACUUUAGACACUAAUUCUGAUAUUUUAAAAAGUGUAGUCAGAAAACUAGCUGAAAUUACACAACUAUUUGUUCCUCUAAUUAAUUCUGUAUUUAUAAUCGUAUUGGAAGCAGUAAAGAUUUAUGAAAAUGCUAAGCAUAACAAAAAUAUUU